UUCUUCUCUAUCAUAUCACAUUCUCUUUCAAUGGCAACACCUUCCGUCGUUCCUCUCACAUUCACUGUUCGACGAUGUGAACCCGAACUUGUAGCUCCGGCAAAGCCUACACCGCGUGAACAAAAACCGUUAUCAGAUAUCGAUGAUCAAGCGAGUUUACGAUUUCAAAUUCCGUUUAUCCAUAUUUAUCGACACCAUCCUUCCAUGGAAGGGAAGGAUCCUGCUGAUGUUAUUAAGGCCGCACUAGCUCAAACCCUAGUGUUAUAUUAUCCAUUUGCAGGUAGACUAAGGGAAGGGGCUAAUGGUAAGCUUAUUGUGGACUGCAACGGUGAAGGAGUGAUGUUUAUAAAGGCCGAGGCUGAUGUUACUCUUCAACAGUUUGGUGAUGAACUUCGGCCUCCAUUUCCUUGCUUUGAUCAACUCCUUUUUGAUGUUCCUGGCUCUGAAGGGAUGAUAAACUGCCCAUUGUUGUUGAUUCAGGUAACACGACUAAGAUGCGGUGGGUUUAUUUACGCCACUCGUCUCAAUCACGUGAUGACGGAUGGCCCUGGUAUAAAACAGUUCAUGUCUGCCGUGGCAGCGAUGGCACGAGGCCAACCCUCUCACUUGAUCCCACCGGUUUGGGAAAGACAUCUCUUAGAUGCCCCACAUCCACCACAAGUUACACUCAAGCACCACGAGUACGACGAAGUGGAACUUUCCACCGCCACUCCCUGGCCCUCGGACAACCUGGUUGAUCGUUCCUUCUUCUUUGGCCAUACUGAAGUUUCACUCCUCCGUAGCCUCCUCCCUCCCCACGUUCGCCGUUGCACCAAGUUCGAACUUUUAACAGCCUUCUUAUGGCGCUGUCGAACCCUUGCCAUAAAUAUCGACCCCGACGAAGAGGUACGGAUGAUGUCCAUUAUUAACGCGCGUUUCAAAUUCAACCCACCAAUAUUGCCACCGGGAUAUUACGGGAACGGUUUUCUGUUUCCGGCGGCAAUAACAACAGUUAAAAAACUCCGGGAGAAUCCGUUAGGGUAUGCGGUGGGAUUAGUACAACAAGCGAAAGCAAGCUUGACAGAGGAAUAUAUGAAAUCCGUGGCGGCUUUAAUGGUGAAUGGUGGUAAGCAACUCGUUUUCCCAAAUGUUAUGGGAUCAUUCAUCAUAUCGGAUCUAACCAGGGCCUCACUAGACGAGUUGGAUUUUGGAUGGGGUAAGGCGGCGUUUGCUGGGAAUGCUAAAGCGGUAGGGGUGAUAAGCUUUUUGACACCAACCAAGAGCAAGAAAGGUGAAGCCAGAACUUUGGUAUCGAUUUGUUUGCCCGGUCAAGCCAUGGAAAGGUUUGCAGAGGAAGUGGAUAACAUGUUGAAACAGCAGCCAAUCGAUGAUACGAAGAGUAAACCAAAGCUAAUUUCUUCCGCUUUGUAAAAGAAAUGAUAAUUUGAGGGAUAAGAACAGCAGGGUUGGUGCGGAUAAAGUCUCUAUGGUCAAAGCAUGGUGAUUGAUGCCGCGUCUUUGCUUUUGAUAUCUGCUUUUAUUUAAAAUAUUAAUG